GUCUGUCUUUGCGAAGAAGGAAGUGAAAGAGAAAAUCUGAGUUCAUGAUUAUGAGAGCUGAGUGAGGGAGUGAGUGAGUGCUGCUGCUUCUGAAUCAAUCAAACAUCAUUCUCUGAUUCUCACACCAAAAUGGUGAAUCCUCGGGUUCCACGUUUCAGGAUCCGAACCUUCACACUCUUCGCUUCUGCUAUCUCCGUCGCUCUCUGUAUUUUCUUCACUUUCUCUUUUCUCGUCACUACCCAUUCCCAUCAACAACCCCACGUGGUGGGUUCUGAUGGUGAUGUUGCACAUGGAUUUGAUUCAAUAAGAAGAUCCGUUCUGGCUCUGAAAACGGAUCCCCUUAAGCCUCGGUUGGACCAGAUCCGAAAGCAAGCUGAUGAUCAUCGCUCUUUGGCUCUUGUGUAUGCUUCCUACGCAAGGAAGCUCAAGCUUGAGAACUCCAAGCUUGUUAGGGUUUUCGCGGAACUGUCGCGAAACUUCUCGGAUCUAAUGAACAAGCCUCAAUAUAGGACUCUCUUCAGCAAUGAUGCAUCUGCUGUUGAUGAAUUGGUGCUUCGCCAAUUGGAGAAGGAAGUGAAGGAGCGCAUUAAGACGACUCGCCAGGUGAUCAGCGAAGCCAAGGAGUCCUUUGAUAACCAGCUCAAGAUUCAGAAGUUGAAGGAUACAAUCUUUUCUGUGAAUGAGCAGUUAACUAAAGCAAAGAAGCAGGGCGCUUUCUCCAGCCUCAUUGCUGCCAAGUCGAUUCCAAAGAGCUUGCAUUGUCUCUCAAUGAGGUUGAUGGAGGAGCGGAUUGCUCAUCCCGGGAAGUAUUCGGAUGAGGGGAAGCCUACUCCUCCAGAAGUUGAAGAUCCUAAUCUGUACCACUAUGCAUUGUUCUCAGAUAAUGUCGUUGCAGCGUCUGUUGUGGUCAAUUCAGCAACAAAAAAUGCGAAGGAACCGUGGAAGCAUGUGUUUCAUGUUGUGACUGAUAAGAUGAAUCUUGGAGCAAUGCAAGUUAUGUUUAAGUUGAAGAAUUAUAAUGGUGCCCACAUUGAGGUUAAGGCGGUGGAGGAUUACAAAUUCCUGAAUUCCUCUUAUGUGCCUGUCCUUCGACAGUUGGAGUCUGCUAACCUGCAGAGAUUUUACUUUGAGAAUAAGCUUGAGAAUGCUACAAAGGACACAACAAAUAUGAAGUUUAGGAACCCCAAAUAUUUGUCAAUAUUGAACCAUUUGAGAUUCUACUUGCCAGAAAUGUAUCCAAAACUGCAUAAGAUUUUGUUUUUGGAUGAUGACAUAGUAGUUCAGAAGGACCUUACUGGAUUAUGGAAGAUUGAUAUGGAUGGCAAGGUGAAUGGAGCUGUAGAAACAUGUUUUGGGUCAUUCCAUAGAUAUGCACAGUACAUGAAUUUCUCGCAUCCCUUGAUUAAAGCAAAAUUUAAUCCAAAGGCUUGUGCAUGGGCUUAUGGAAUGAAUUUCUUUGAUUUGGAUGCUUGGAGAAGGGAAAAAUGCACGGAAGAGUAUCAUUACUGGCAGAAUCUGAAUGAGAACCGAACAUUAUGGAAAUUAGGGACAUUGCCACCGGGGCUAAUCACAUAUUACUCAACAACAAAGCCACUGGAUAAGUCAUGGCAUGUUCUGGGACUUGGCUAUAACCCAAGCAUCAGCAUGGACGAGAUUAACAAUGCUGCAGUGGUGCACUUCAAUGGCAACAUGAAACCAUGGCUUGACAUUGCAAUGACUCAAUUCAAGCCACUUUGGACAAAGUAUGUUGACUAUGAGUUGGAGUUCGUUCAGGCCUGCAAUUUUGGUAUCUAAAUGGUGAAGUUUCUUCUCAUUUUGUUGGUGAUGCUGUAUCAGGUGCCACACGAGCUAUUUUCUGUGUAGUUUUGAUAUAUAAUGCGUAUACGUUUAACAGAGUUCCUAGCUGGUGCAAGAAAAGAUCUUGCAUCAUUCUAAUUGUAAAAUACUUUAGCAUAGUAAUUCUAUCAUGUCUUCCUCUUAUUUAUUCAUAACUUUUACUCAAUAAUGUUAUUUUUAUGAUGUGGUUGAUCCUGAACAAUAUUACUGAAUGUGUUGUACCUUCUGUCACAUUUAGAAGUUUAACGCCAUCCAUUGUUUUUUGGUUCAGAUACAAACCACUGCAAAGGGUAAAAUAAAAUAAAACAAAUUUGAAUGGGCAAUUGGCUUUCCAACGGUUGUCAGAAAGAAAAAUUUUGGUUCUUCUGCUCAAUGGCCGUUAAUGCUCUAGUGUUGGGGGCUUUAAAGCAUUGGAGGAACGUUCAAGAACAUUUCUUUUAACAUAAUAUUUCAGAACAUUUUUAUUAAAUGUUAAGAUUUAUUAAAUUAGGAAAGUAUAAGAGCAAGAAGUAAGCCUAUGAUAAAAUUAGUGUAUUUAUUGUGUUAUAGUAUUUUUCAAAGCAUAAUUGGAUGUGUGCUUGUACAACUUAAACGGGAUUUGUUUUCCGAAAAUCACAUUUGCCAUUUUUUUAAGAUUGGAUUUUUAAGUAAAAGGGGGUUAAAGUGAGGCAACUCACCUCAUUCAAGUUAGCCCAUCAUGAAUUGACUCAAAAGUGAGCCAACCUAUCUCAACUUUCUUUGUAGUGGUUAAGAAAAUGUAAGUCAGGUUCAACCCACCAAUUUGGUUGGCUAGUUUGCAGUUUGGCUCACUAAAU